AGAAAAGAUUCGUGGUUUCGGUGAGCUCUCAGAGUAGAUUUCUAGCGUCCGUGCGUGGGGCCAGGUGUCCCGAGGUCCGCUGCUGCAGACAUGGCGGCCUCUACUGCGGCCGGGAAACAGCGGAUUCCCAAAGUGGCCAAGGUGAAAAACAAAGCCCCAGCUGAGGUACAGAUAACUGCUGAACAGCUCUUAAGAGAGGCUAAAGAAAGAGAACUUGAGCUUCUUCCACCUCCACCUCAACAAAAGAUCACAGAUGAAGAAGAAUUAAAUGAUUAUAAACUAAGGAAAAGGAAGACUUUUGAAGAUAACAUAAGAAAAAACAGGACUGUGAUUAGUAACUGGAUAAAAUACGCACAAUGGGAAGAAAGCCUAAAGGAGAUUCAAAGGGCUCGAUCCAUAUACGAGCGUGCUUUAGAUGUAGACUAUCGAAAUAUUACACUCUGGCUGAAAUACGCAGAAAUGGAAAUGAAGAAUCGCCAAGUCAACCACGCACGAAAUAUCUGGGACCGGGCCAUAACAACCCUGCCUCGAGUCAAUCAGUUCUGGUACAAGUACACGUACAUGGAGGAAAUGCUGGGAAACAUCGCCGGUGCCCGGCAGGUGUUUGAGCGCUGGAUGGAGUGGCAGCCAGAGGAGCAAGCCUGGCAUUCCUACAUCAACUUUGAGCUGCGAUACAAGGAGGUGGAUCGGGCCCGCACCAUUUAUGAGCGAUUUGUCCUCGUGCACCCUGAUGUUAAGAACUGGAUCAAGUAUGCCCGCUUUGAAGAAAAACAUGCUUAUUUUGCUCACGCACGGAAGGUGUAUGAGAGAGCUGUGGAAUUCUUUGGCGAUGAACAUAUGGAUGAGCACCUUUAUGUCGCCUUUGCUAAGUUUGAAGAAAAUCAGAAAGAGUUUGAAAGGGUACGAGUGAUUUACAAGUAUGCCCUGGACAGAAUUUCAAAACAAGAUGCCCAAGAACUCUUUAAAAAUUAUACCAUCUUUGAGAAGAAGUUUGGUGAUAGGCGGGGUAUUGAAGAUAUCAUCGUGAGCAAACGGAGAUUCCAGUAUGAAGAAGAAGUGAAGGCGAAUCCACACAAUUAUGAUGCAUGGUUUGAUUACUUGCGUUUGGUGGAAAGUGACGCAGAAGCUGAAGCCGUGCGAGAAGUCUACGAAAGGGCCAUUGCCAACGUCCCACCCAUCCAGGAGAAGAGGCACUGGAAGCGCUACAUUUAUCUUUGGAUCAACUAUGCACUCUAUGAAGAAUUGGAGGCAAAGGAUCCUGAGAGGACAAGACAGGUGUAUCAAGCCUCUUUGGAACUAAUUCCUCACAAAAAGUUCACAUUUGCCAAAAUGUGGAUACUCUAUGCACAGUUUGAAAUACGACAGAAAAAUCUAUCAUUAGCCAGAAGAGCAUUGGGAACUUCCAUAGGCAAAUGUCCAAAGAACAAAUUAUUUAAAGUUUACAUAGAAUUGGAGUUACAGCUUCGAGAAUUUGACAGAUGCCGGAAGCUUUAUGAAAAGUUCCUGGAAUUUGGACCUGAAAAUUGUACCUCAUGGAUUAAAUUUGCUGAAUUAGAGACAAUCCUUGGUGAUAUUGACAGAGCACGGGCAAUCUAUGAAUUAGCCAUCAGUCAGCCACGUUUAGACAUGCCAGAGGUGCUUUGGAAAUCAUAUAUUGAUUUUGAAAUUGAGCAGGAAGAAACGGAAAGAACACGAAACCUUUACCGACGGUUGCUUCAACGGACGCAGCAUGUCAAGGUGUGGAUCAGCUUUGCUCAGUUUGAGUUGUCUUCAGGAAAAGAAGGAAGUUUGGCUAAAUGCAGACAAAUUUAUGAAGAAGCUAACAAAAGCAUGCGAAACUGUGAAGAAAAGGAAGAGAGACUUAUGCUGCUGGAAUCUUGGCGAAGCUUUGAAGAAGAAUUUGGAACAGCAUCAGAUAAGGAGAGAGUAGACAAACUCAUGCCAGAGAAAGUCAAGAAGAGAAGAAAGGUCCAGGCUGACGAUGGGUCCGAUGCAGGCUGGGAAGAAUACUUUGAUUACAUCUUUCCAGAAGAUGCUGCCAACCAACCUAACCUCAAACUCCUGGCCAUGGCCAAACUAUGGAAGAAACAGCAGCAGGAAAAGGAGGAUACUGAGCACAGUCCAGAUGAGGAUGUCGAUGAGAGUGAAUCCUGAUCUUUUUUUCAUAUUGACAGAUGUUUUGUUAUUUUUAUAAAUUAAUUGUUUGGAACUUUUGUGACUCCCAGAAGUUCUUAUAUAUUUCACCAGUAAGAAAUUGAUUGGUAUCUUUGAUAGCUACUUUUUAAGUUAUUUUUUAAAUGCCCUCUGGUUAUCUAGUGGUAGGGAUUGCAAGGAAAGGACAUUUUUAACUGCUAGAUUUCUUUUUCCAACUGAGACCAAACUUUUCUAAUAUCUAUACACAUCAUGCAUUAGGAAAUGUAAUUAAGGUAAUGUUUAGCAUCUAUUUUGGGUGAACGUGCAGACUUUUGAGCCCUUUUUUUUUAGCUUUUUGGUUACAUUCUAUAGUAACUUUUCACAUCAUAACCAUAGUUUAUGCAUUUAUCUGAAAUGUGUAACUUCUUCAUGUCUUCAGAGUCACAGACUUGAGUUCAUUUCCCAGCCCUGCCACUCGUGAUUAUGUAACUUAAUUUUCAUUUUCCUCAUAAAAUGGGCUAGUACUUUGACAACUCAUUUUGAAGAUUAUAUUAUAAAAGGAAUAUACCUGGUGCAUAGUAAGUGCUCUGUAAAAUGCUUGUUCUAAGCCACUUUUUUUUAAAUUUAUUUUUAUUUUUAUUUAUUUAUUUUUUUUGAGACGGAGUUUUGCUCUUGUUACCCAGGCUGGAGUGCAAUGGCACAAUCUUGGCUCGCUGCAACCUCCGCCUCCUGGGUUCAGGUAAUUCUCCUGCCUCAGCCUCCUGAGUAGCUGGGAUUACAGGCACGCGCCACCAUGCCCAGCUAAUUUUUUGUAUUUUUAGUAGAGACGGGGUUUCACCAUGUUGACCAGGAUGGUCUCGAUCUCUUGACCUCUUGAUCCACCCACCUCAGCCUCCCAAAGUGCUGGGAUUACAGGCUGAGCCACCGCGCCUGGCCUAUUUUUUUUUUUUUUUUUUUUUGAAAGAUAGGGUUUCACCAUGUUGGUCGGGCUGGUCUUGAAUUCCCGACCUCAGGUGAUCCGCCUGCCUUGGCCUCCAAAGUGCUUGGAUUACAGGCAUGAGCCACCACGCCCAGCCACAUUCCAAGCCACUUUUUUAAAUUUUUUAAAAAAUUCCUUGUAGAAUUGAAUGUGAGUAGAUUAAUUCACCUUAUCUUCUAGUAGUCAGUUAUAUUCAGUGCUUCGUAGAACAUGGAAAAUAAUUUGCGGUGAUUAUAUUUCUGAACAAGAUUCAGAAAACAUUGUUUACCAAGAAUAAUUUAGUCUAAUUUCAGUUAGGCAGUCAUCAGUUCUCCAGAGUGGUAGAGCUUUGUAAUAGCUUGUUUAAAGAAUAAUGGCUUGCUUACAUGUGUGCUACAGAAAAUGAUGUCCUAUGUUCACAGAAAUUUGGGAAACUCUGGACUAAGACUUAAGUCUCAUGAAUCAAAUCUCUUUAUAGUUAGGCUUCUGUACAUUAUAUAUCUCCAGUAGCAGUGUUGCUGUAUUCUUUGCUAAACUUAGUGGACAAUGGGGUUAUUUCUACCUAGAUUAUCAGUAAACAUCUCCGAGUAUGCUAUAGUAGAAAAUGGCGGGAGGCCGAGGCGGGCGGAUCACGAGGUCAGGAGAUCAAGACCAUCUGGCUUAACAGGGUGAAACCCUUUCUCUACUAAAAAUACAAAAAAUUAGCCGGGCAUGGUAGCAGGUGCCUGUAGUCCCAGCUACUUGGGAUGCCGAGGCAGAAGAAUCACUUAAAUGUGGGAGGCAGAGGUUGCAGUGAGCCAAGAUCGUGCCACUGCAUUCCAGCCUGGACGAGACUCCAUCUCAAAAAAAAAAAGAAAAUAAAAUGUCUACUUAACGUUGCUGACAUGUUAAACUUACUCUUGGUUUAGAGCAUGGGUAGAAACACCUAAGGUAGCUGUAUGCUAAAUAAUGAAAAGUAGCACAAGAAUGAAUGUAUUUGCUGAUCUGUUGCUCACAUUCUCAAGCAGAAACAUUUCAGUGCAUUAACUGAUCUGAGAGUUUAUUUCCUUUAGCUUGGACUGUUUCUGAAGCACAUUUUUUCUUUCUUCACUAUCCAAGGACUAGAACUAUAUUUUUAAGAUUGUUUUCCACUAAAAGGACCUUUAGUAAGCAAAUUUAUUAUUAAAUAUGCAAAUGUCUUAUUCACCCAAGGGAAUAAAAGCUACUUCAUAAUGUUACUAAAUUUUAUCUUGAAAAUAGCACACAGUGUUAAGAGGACCAAAGAAAAUAGGGCUGUUAAGAUAAAAGGCAGUUCUGUGUUCAGCCUGACUGCUUUAGUCACCGGCCCAGCCAGCAUCAGCUGCUGCGGUGUCAGCUCACAUCUCAAGUAGAGGUCUGUCUAAUGGUGAGCAGGAGAACAUCAUCUUAAUAGCCUUUGGCUCAUCCCCAAGCCACGGAGUGAGAUGAAAACAGGUCAGAAUGCACGUCACUUAAUCACAGUCUUCCUAGAAUUAGCCAUUUAUGUUGCAUGUAAGCAUAAGAAAAUAAUUCUGUCAUGUUCCCAAGGUAAAUUAUAACAAGCAUGUGCCAGUGUGAAAGUUUGAAGGAAAAAGCUAUUCUCUAACAGGAGAAGAUAAAGAUUCAUUUACCUGACACCUUCAACUCCACCAAAAUAAAUCCUUUCAAUAGUAAAAUUUAAUAAUUUCCUGUGGGUUUUUCUUAAGUCUUUCACUAACUGGAUAUUUUCACAUUUACAGAGGAUGACACUACAGAUAAGGAAUUCUUUUUCCUCUCUAAAAAUAAAACAACCUCAACAGCUUUUUUCUUUUCUUUCUUUUUUUUAGAAGGGCAGGAUUUAAGCAAAGCAUUGUGAAGAGGAGAAAAGCUCUAGGACUAACAGUAUGAAUGCAGGUGACUGGGAAGAAUUUACUAAACGAUAAGAAGGGAAUUCUUAAGUAUGCUGGACAGUGAAUGCUUCAAAUGUACAUUUUAAAAAUACUACAUAUGGAAGUCACAAUUUAAUUAAACAACAUAUCCUAAAUGAUUACCUUUCACAAUCUUGAUUUAGAUUUUUGUGUUUUUUUUGAGGCUGGGUCUCACUCUGUUGCCCAGACUGGAGUGCAGUGGCAUGGUCUACAGCUCACUGCAACCUCCACCUCCAGGGUUCAAGCAAUGCUUGUGCUUCAGCUUCUCUGUAGCUAGGAUGCCUGACUAAUUUUUGUAUUUUUUAGUAUAGAUGGUAUUUUUAGUAUAGGUUUUGGCCAGGCUGGUCUCAAACUCCUGACUUCAAGCAAUCAGCCCACCUUUGCCUCCCAAAGUACUGGGAUUACAACUGUGUCAGUUUUACAAAUGACUAACAAACUUCCAGAAAACAUUCAUAGAGUCAACAAUGUGUUUUAUUAUACAUCUUAGAUUUAUACAUUUCAUAUAUGCUUUUAAAGCUUCAGUUAACAAUUCAAUACAAAAUUUAAAAACAAAUAUGUGUAGCAGUGGUUCUCAGGCACAGCAUUUCGGAGGAGACAGGAGCAAGUCUUUUCCCUAGCAUACACAUAGUGACUAUUAUGAACCUUAAAAGUGGUUAUGUUUCCUUCUGACCUAGCUGCAUUUUCGACUGAAUUUCGUUACAGUGAACAGCUUUCAUAGGUAUGAUAUUGCUAACUGGAAACAAUGAGAUUUAAAAUAAAUUGAUAACCUGUAUUUUCUUGAAUCGUUAAGACCUAAAAUGAUCAAUUUUCCCUAAUAGAGCUCCCGAAUCAUCCAGCGAAAAUAAUAAUGUCCAUAAAGCAUCUAGAGUAUCUGCCUAAGAACCACUGCCCAGGGUUAUUCAAUGUCUUCAGGCCUCACAGGAUGAGGUAAUGGUAUGAUGGAUUUCUUCUCUAUGUCCCUGGAAAGUGCUUUCCUCAUAUCUGUAAAGCAGCAAAGUUUAAUAUAAACACCCAAAUGUAUUAAUAUCAAAUUUAAAGCGUAUAGGUGAAGUUCCCAUAAGAGGUUUAUCCUCUACCCCCCUUCCAUCAGAUUCUACGCAAAAUGUAUUUAUAAAUGAGUCUCCCAAUUGCCAGGUAUACCAGAUGCUAACCAAACCCCACCCAGGAUUCAGCUCACAAUACAUGUUCUUGUUAGUAAAAUAACAUGUCCAUAACAUAGUACAACAGUAAUGUAUAGAAAUUAACCAUUGGUUAGUAGGUAAGUUAAUUACUACUACUAAUAGGUUCAUAAAGGUAGGUUAAGGGAGAUUUAAAUAUUAACGUCAAGUAUGAUUCUUCUACAUUUAUUAAAAUAACCAAAUACUACAAUAUGUAGAAUGAAUGUACUACUUUGACGACUUCUUGAUGAUAGUACCAUGGAAGGGAGCUUACCAUAAGCGUCCUCAUCAGGCUCUCCAUUGCUGGCUGAAUAGUACUCUAUGACUGUCCUGUAUACACUGUAGCCCAACUGCUUGUACAUGUUGACGGCAACUUGGUUAGAUACUCUUACAAAGAGAUCGACAAAAAAACCACCCUUUCUUUAAAAAAAAAAAAAAAGGAAAAUGUUAGAAUGUGGGAAACCCUAGAAAGUAACAGACACAUGUUUUUUUUUUUUGAGACGGAGUUUCGCUCUUGUUACCCAGGCUGGAGUGCAAUGGCACAAUCUCGGCUCACCGCAACCUCCGCCCCCUGGGUUCAGGCAAUUCUCCUGCCUCAGCCUCCUGAGUAGCUGGGAUUACAGGCACGCGCAGACACAUGUUUUUUAAACAUGUUUUUACCUUGCUUUGACUGCUACUCAGAGUGGUAGUAAUAACACGUUGCAGCUGAUUACAUGGUAAUAGAAAUUCACAUUACUUAGGAUUUAUGACAAUUACUUUGAAGACUUUAUGUUUGCAUGCGAGUAUUUCAGAAACUAUGACACGUUUUCUUAAAAGAUAAAGGCAUUUGUUCUGCAGAUUCACUACCUGUUACAGUUUCUCCUGUUUAUGAACUUUAUAUACAUGGAAUCAUACAUUCUUUUGUCUUUUGCUUCUCUCAGUCAACAUUGUUAAGAGUCAGCUUCAACUGUGGCUGGGCUUGUUCACCACAAGCCAUUCAUGCUCCUGUUGAUAAACGUUUCUGGCUUUUACUAUUACCAACAAUGCUCCUAUGAAUACUUUUGUUGAGCGUCUCAUGUAAGGUCUAUAGCUAGGAGCCUCAUUGUUGUGUCACAGGGCACAACUUCAUUAGUUAAUGCCAAACUUUUUCCAACUGGCUUGUACCAACUCACACUCGCACAGAAGCAAGUAAGCCUCCAUUCCAUAGUAGCAAGGGUUGGUGCAUCAGAUGUUUCUAUUUUUGCCCAUCUUACAGUGUAACUGUAUCUCAGAUUUUAAUUUGUAUUUCCAGUUGCUAACAAUGCUGAAUAUAUUUAUUGAUUGGCCAUUUAGACUUCUCCUUCUGUACAGUACUUAAUUUCUUUCACAUAAUUCCCCCCCCGCUUCAGUUCCCUACGUAUUCUGAAUAUUCAAUACUGUGUAAUGUCUUUGCAAAUAUGUUUUUCCAAUUCGUAGUUUGUCUUUUCAUUAUCCUUAUGGUAUCUUUUGAUUUAAAAAACUUACUUCACUUCAGUGAAGUUGAAUAUAUGAAUCUUUCCUUUAGUUAGUACUUUUUAUGGCCUGUUUAAAAAGUUCUUCUACACUGGGGCCAGAGAGACUCUCCCAUAUUAUAUUCAAAAGACUUCUUAGUUUUGCUUUUCACAUCUAGGUUUUUAAUAAGUCUAGAGUGGAUUUGUGUAUGGAAUAGUGGUAAUCUGAGAAAUUUUUUUUCCCAUAGGGACACCCAGUUGUCCAGCCACCUUUACUGAAAAGUCUGUCUUCAUACUACUGAUGUGCAAUGCCUCUUCUAUGGUAUGUUAAAGUCCAUAUAUUCGUGGGUCUGUUUCUCAAAUUCUGUAGCACUGGUCAAGAUAACUACAGCACUAAGAUACAGACUCACUCUUUACACUCUGAUAGCUGAAGGGGAACAUCACCCAUUUUUGUUGUUCAAGAAUAUCUUACCUUUGUUGCUCUUAAGAAGUUCUAUAAACAAUACUUAGGAUUUUGACUGCAAUUACAUUGGAACUGUAUCCUCUAACCCAGUGAUAGUUCAUUGCUCCACUUAUCGGGGCUACUUUAAGAUCCCUCAAAAAGUUUUAAAAAUGUCAGAGAGGUCUUGCAUAGCACUUGCUAGAUUCUUCUUAAGUACUUAAUGUUUUUUUCAUGUCUUGGCAUCUUUUUCUAAAUUUUACUGUUUUUAUAUAUACACACACACAUACACGAUUGAUUUUUAUACUGACUUUAUAUCCAACAACUUUGCCUACCUUUUAUUAAUUCUAAACAUUUAUUUAUAGAUUCUUGUGGAUUUUAUAUUUGUGUAAUCAUAUCUAUGCAAAAUAAGUUUUGUUUUCUCUCAACCCUUGGAUCUUUUAUUUUUCCUGCUUUCCUGUGCUGUCUAGAAUUUACAGUAAAUUAUUGAAGUGGGACUAACUUGUCCCUGAUUUCAAAAAAGUACUCAAUGUAUCACUACUAAAUAUAUUUACUACAGAUUUCUUAUAGCUAUUUUUCAAAUUCAGAAGUUCCCCCCUUCUAUUUCCUAGUUUGUUAAGUUUUUAUCAAGAACGAGUAUUGGAUUUUAUCAAGUUUACUGCACUUACUAAAAUAACAAGUGUUCUCCUUUAAUGUGAAGUUGAAACCACCUUGUUCCUGAUGUGUCAUCCUGUUUACGCAGUCCCAAAUCCAUUUUGCUAAUUACUUUUCUGGGAUUUUGCAUCUGAAUGAGAUCUUCCUCAAAUUUUCCUUUCCCGUAUUUUGUCAAGUAUUGUUACCAGGGUUAUCCUGGUCUUAAAAAAAAGUUGAAGAAUGUUCCCUUUUUCAGUUUGUGCAAAACAGUUCGAGUAAAAGUGACCUUUCAGUCAUUAUUUCUUAAAUGUUUGGUAAAGUUGGCCAGAAAAGCCACAGCUUUCUUUGUGAAAAGAUUUUACGCUACUGAUUAAAAUUCUUUAGGGCAGAGGUUGGCUGACAACCUGUUUUUGUACUGCCUUCAAGCUAAGAAUGUUUUUUUGCAAUGGUUGUUUAAAAAAAAAAAAAAGCCUAUGUAACCAAGACUUUAGCUGGCCUGUAAUGCCUGAAUAUUUACUAUCUGACCUAGAAGAAAACUGCUAAGUCUUGUUCUAUACCCUUAACGAAUUUCUAUCACAUUGUUCUAUCAAUUAGAAAGAAGCAUGUUUAAAUCUCCCAUUAGUAUAAUUGUCUAUUUCUCCUUCUAGUUUUGUCAAUUUGUGCAUUUUUACUAUGAAAUGAUGUCACUAGGUAUAUACCAUUUUUAAUUGCUCUUUUGUUUGACACCGUUUUGCUCUGGUGCCCAGACUGGAGAGCAGUGACGUGAUCUCAGCUCGCUGUAACCUCUACCUCCCAGGUUCAAGCAAUUCUCCUGCCUCAGCCUCCUAAGUUGCUGGGAUUACAGUCAUGUGCCAUGAUGCCUGGCUAAUUUUGGUAUUUUUAGUCAAGAUGAGAUUCCACCAUGUUAGCCAAGUUGGUUUGGAACUCCAGACCUCAAAUGAUCUGCCUGCCCUGGCCUCUCAAAGUGUUGGGAUUACAGGCAUGAACCACCACAACCAGCCUUGUUACUUCCUUGAUUAACUAUUUUAUCAAUAUGCAGUGACCCUUUUUAUGCUGGUAAUAAUUAUUCAACUGUAAUUUAUUAUUGAUAUGUAUUCUAACUUUAUUUUGGUUAGGAUUUAUAAAGUCAUUAAAAAAUUCACUUUCAAUCUUUCUGUAUUUAUUAAAAAUAUUUUGACAUAUUUUACACAUAUUUCCUAUAAAGCGAAUACAGCCUUUGUCUUUUAAAUAGAGUCACCGUAGUGGGCCGGGCAUAAUGGUGGGUGGCUGUAAUCCCAACUAGGAGGCUAAGGCAGGCCAAUUGUUUGAUCCUGGAAGGCAGAGGUUCCAGUGAGCCAAGAUCACGCCACUGCACUCCAAUGGAGCAAGACCCUGUCUCAAAAAUAAUCAUAAAAUAAAUAAAUGAAGUCUUAAGUCCAUAAA